GAAGCGGCGGUGACAGGCCGUCGGUGCCGGGGCAGAGCAGCCUCGCCGGGCCGGGCCUCCCGUGCGUGUGGGUGGGGGCCGGGCUGAGGGGACCCGCCCGAGCCCCGACGCCGCCGCCGUUUGGGGCCGUUGGUUUGGGACUUUAACGGAUUCCUCUCCGGGAGAUGCGAUUUUUAACGUGUUGUAACAGGUUCUGCCAGGCCUUGAGCGCUUUAAUGGCACUAGAAAUGCAGUAAACCAGUGGGUGAGGCUCAGAAUUAAGUCUCAGCUUUUGGAAGCUUUAGACAGGAGUGUCAGUGUAUUAAACGCUGGAGGUCGUGGCUUUCCAAAGGACCUGGAUAUUUCAGGGCUGUAGAGCAGAAAAAUGUUUGCCAAAUUGAAGAAGAAGAUCGCAGAGGAGGCAGCGGUGGCUCCCAGGCCCGGAGGAGCCGCCCGCAUCCCCAGGUCUGUCAGUAAGGAAUCGAUCACGUCUGUGGGAGCAGACUCCGGAGACGACUUUGCUUCUGAUGGAAGCAGCUCCAGAGAGGAUCUUUCAUCCCAAUUGUUGAGAAGAAAUGAACAAAUAAGAAAACUGGAGGUGAAGCUGUCUGAUUAUGCUGAUCAGAUCCGAAAUCUGCAGAAGAUAAAAGAGAAGCUUGAAAAUGCAUUAGAAAAGCAUCAGGAUUCCUCCAUGAGGAAGUUUCAGGAGCAGAAUGAAGCUCAUCAGGCCAGUCGAGCCAAGAUGGCUGAAGGAAUGGCUUUGGCCUUGGAAAAAAAGGAUAAGGAGUGGAUGGAAAAACUUGGUCAGGUUGAAAAGGAAAAAAAAAUGCUUCAAACACAGUUACAAGAAAUGAGGGAGCAGAGUUUGAACCUUUUCCAAAAACGAGAUGAAAUCGAUGAACUGGAGGGCUUUCAGCAGCAGGAAAUUGCCAAAGUUAAACACAUGCUUUUGAAAAAGGAAGAAUCUCUGAGCAGAACAGAACAGGAGCUCGAGGCACAUGCUCAAGAACUGACGCGUGCCCAGGCGGAGCUGCAGGAGGCGAGGAGCGAGUCCUCGGGCCUGAGGAAGGAUCUCCAGGACUUGCAGCAGCAGUUCCUGGAGCUGGAGGCUCGGAGAGAUGAACUAAUGACAGCUGAGACAAAUGCAGAAAAUAAGAUCACUGCUCUGGAGUUAAGAGAACAGGAGCUACAAACUGUCAUUCAGCAGCUUUCUGUAGACUUGCAAAAUGCUCGAGUGGCUGGUUCUGGUUGUGAGAAGAGACUGGAAAUGUUACAAGUGGAGCAUGAAUCUCUGAAGGUGGAAUAUGAGCAACAGAAGCAAAAGAUGACUUUUGAAUUUGCUGAGAAAGAUAAAUUUACUGAACAGCUGCAGGAAAAGGUGUCUUCCCUGGAAAAAAAGCUAGAGAGAAAUCUCUCAGGAGAUGAACACGUGCGGGAGCUGCUCAAAGAGAAAGCUGCUCUUGAGCAGAGGCUGGAGGAGAGCAGGCAGCAGGUACUGACAGACAGGACACGGCACAGCGAGGCUGUGAACCGGUUGGAAACACAGAAUAAAGAACUGGAAGAGAAACUACAGAUUGCAACAGAAACAUUGAAAAAGAGCAAAGAAGUAGCUGCUGACCGGGAUCUGAAGAUCCAGAAGCUACAAACUGAUCUAGAGGAUGAAAGAAAUCAACUGCAGCAACAGAUUUUAAGUGAGAAACAUCAGUAUGAUCAGAAAGUUACUGGGCUGGAGUCUCAGAUUGGUGCUCUUGAAAAGGCUUGGGAAUUGGAUAAAACAACAACUCAGCACAGGAUUAGCCAAUUGGAAAAGGAAAAUGAAAACCUCAAGAGAAGCAAAGAAGAGUAUGAGAGUUCUUUAAAACAACAGGAGUCUGAACUGAACAGGCUAAAGAAUGAGAUGAGCAGCAGAGAAACUGUCAGUGUGGAAAUUGCCAAAGCACUGGAGGAAACACGGAAACAGAGAGAGGAAUUGCAACAGCAGGUUUCACAUCUGAAUGUCCUAAUAAAGGAGAAAGACCAGCUGAUUGAUGAAAAAUGUGAUCUGCUGCUAAAACAAAAGGAAAAACUGAACCAACUCAGUCAAGACCAUGAAGCUGCCUUGCUGCAGGUGCAUCAGUUACAGUUGGACAUAGAAGCAAGUCAGAGCCAAGCAGUGGAGAAAGAGGAAACAGCAAGAAAAGAAAUUGAUGAGCUGAAGCUGCAGGUACAGGAGUGCCUGUUGGCCAGAGAGCAUGAGAAAAAUGUGAGUGCAGUUGGAAAUCCAUCCUGUCAGACUUCCCAGGAAAAGAGGGAGGUUUUAGAAAUGGAGGAGUCAACGAGGGUCUUGAACAAUGAGCAUUUCCCUUCUCCAGAAAACUCUGUGGUAGAACAGAACGGAGAGGUGGCAGCUGCAGAUGUCAUUCAACUUCAGAAGGAUAACAGAGAGCUGGAACAGCAAAUUGCUGAGAAAAACAAGAUGAUAAAGCAGCUUCAGCAAAGAAUGACAGAACUCAAGAAAACUCUCCAGAAAGAGCUGAAAAUAAGGCCUGAGAGUGAGGUACCUGAGCUACGUGCAAAUUCUGAAGUGCCUAAUGCUUCUGUGACUGUCACCAACAACUCUGACUUGAACGACUCAAGGGAGAUAAACUUCGAGUACCUUAAACACGUUGUACUAAAGUUCAUGUCCUGCAGGGAAUCUGAGGCAUUCCAUCUCAUUAAAGCUGUGUCUGUGUUACUGAAUUUUUCACAAGAGGAAGAAAACAUGCUCAAAGAAACUCUGGAGUACAAGAUGUCCUGGUUUGGGUCAAAGCCAUCUCCCAAAGGCAGCAUCCGGCCCUCUAUCUCAAGCCCAAGGACUCUGUGGCCUUAAGGGAACCUGAAGGUGGCAGGCAGUAUCCAGGCACUUCUUUCUGUGAAAAGAAUGCUGAACACACUGCUCCAGGUGUGUCUUAAUCACUGUCAUUGCAGUAUUUUGUACAAGAACUUCUGGCUCUGUUUACAAAACUAAUACUGUGCAAGGAGACAUUUUCACUACAGACUGGAACAGCUCUGGGCUGGAGUCGGGGACCACCUCGGUGUCUGUGAUGGGAGAGCAGCUCCUUGUGCUCAUCACUCCUGGGUUCCUGGCACCAGAGGGUUCUGAGGACCUUGCUGACAGCAGUGCUGCCAGCUCUGUCUCUUGGGGUGGUGAUUCCAGCUGCUGUUCCAGGGUGCUGGAGUCCAGUGACUCUGGGCACAGAAAAGCUGCUUGUCUGGCUGUGGGAAGCCAGCAAUGAAAAAUGUGUUGGCAGAACAGUGUUGAGAGUAGGAUGGUUUGCAAAGCCUUUCACAGGACAGGAGCAGGAGCUUUAACCAAAAAAGAACUCUGCCUUGCCUUCUAAUACUGACAUAACUAAUGGUUGGCAUUUUUUCAUAUCACUGUGUAAUUUAAGGUGCAUUUAUCCUGGCCUGCAGUCCUCAAGGCUGCAUGUUGAUGAUUAUUUAAUUUGAGAGCACAACUUUAGAGUUGUCUGAUUUUACUUUUCUUAAAGAAAAAUAAUAUUUAAAAUGGUCUUAAUUAUAGUACCUAAUCCUCAGUCGCCUUUAAAACUAAUCCAUUAGCCUGUUCCAUGGGUUGUUAGCAGUGGGAAAAGGGGUAGGAAACCAUUUUAAAUUUUUAAAGGUGAGUUCCAGCUAUUGUAAAUCCACACUGAAAAAUACCUUUUAUUUAAAAAAAAUAACAAUCUAGUGACAAAGGGUGAAGAAUGCUGGUACUAAACACUUUGAUUUGUUUUGAUUUGUUUUAGCAACAAAUCCUCAUAACCAGGAUGUGUCUCUUUGGUUGUGGUUUUCUGUACUUCAAAUACUGAUGCUUAAAAACUGUUACAAAUAUGUUAGCUGUGUCCUGACUAUUAUGGUAAAAGAAAUGCUGCUCAUGAGGGGUUUGAGGGUAAAAUUCAACUCUUAGUGAACAAAUUGUGGUUCCAGCAGCUUGUUUUCCUAGUACAGUAAGGAAAGGGGACCAAGGUGGCACUUCCUCCCUGGAAGCACAGUUUUGCCCAGUUAUUAACACCACUGCAAAAUCUGAAUCCCAAUGGGAAGCAGCACUAAGUCUGACUUCUGAAAACUGAGACCUGUUUCCAAAAAUCUACACGUGUAUGGAAUUCAGCUGCAGUUCUGGGAAUUCUCUUACAAGGAAGUUCAUACUUCUGUUAAAUAUACUGAGGAUAAUUCAAGCUUUCUCCAAUGGAGAUCCAGCAGGAGGUGGAUGUGCUGAUGCAGAGGAUCCAGACCCUGCUGGUCUCCCAGACAGCUGCACCCCAGACAUGGUACCCCAGGAGCUGUCACUGGGCACAGGUGAUGCUCCUCAGCUUAGAGCCAGGUUGGAUUUGUCUGAAGUUAAGAAAACCAACAGAAUUUUUUGGUACACUAAAGCUUGUCCAAACAGUCCAGUAACCAGAUUCAUGGCACUUCCAGACAGGAUAGAGCAUGGAAGGGUUCAGCCCUGCUCUACUGUAAAAAAAGACAAUCAAAAAGUGCAUUUAUUUAAGUUGUUUUUUUACUGAGAUACAGCAGGGUGGAAUAACCCUGUUGGUUCUGGGAAGAUUUUAUUCUCUGAGAUCUUUUCCUUUCUAAUGUCCCUUUACCCUGCUCUGUUUCUGUGGGACCAGGGGUCAGGACUCCCUCACUCCCACUGCUCCCUGUUGAAUUGGGUUUAUGCUGAUCCUGGCUUCAGAGGUUACUGCUGAACAGUAAGAGAAGCAGGACAGGCAGCCUGGAACUGAGUGACCUGAAAUCGUAGGUUAUAUAUUCACUAACUUCAGUUUCAGAUCCCAAAGCUCACACAGGAUCAAUUUACCAUAAACUAGUUCUUAAGUGUUGAGUUUUCAUUAGGUAUCAGAGCAAGACUGGUGUGUAUACAUGUAUUAAAAAGCUAAUGCACUUUCCCUUGUCUCAGAACAGUGGUUAUACAUAAUCUUUUCUAUCACCAUUGGAUUUCUUUCCUUCUGUGCUGUAAAUAUGGAUUGUAUGAUGAAACACUAUGAAAUUUGUGGUGCAAUACAUUUUGGAUCAAACCCCUAA